AUGUCCCUCCGACCCUUCCCGUGCCGCGCCGCGACACCACCAGAGGACAUUGACAUCGGGCACGUGCUGCUGGAGGCGCGCACGCGAUGGCUCAAGCCGGUGGAGGUGUGCAACAUUCUGCAGAACUUCCGCAAAUACGAGUUCCAGCUCAACCAAGAGCCACCCGCCAAGCCGCCAAGCGGGUCGCUGUUCCUGUUCGAUCGGAAGGUGGUGCGCUACUUCCGCCGCGACGGACACGUGUGGCGCAAGAAGAAGGACGGCAAGACCGUUCGCGAGGCGCACGAAAAGCUCAAGGCGGGCAGCGUGGACAUUCUGCACUGCUACUACGCGCACGCGGAGAGCGACGACCGCUUCCAGCGCCGCUGCUACUGGCUGCUCGACGGGGAGAACGAGAACAUCGUCCUGGUGCAUUACCGCGAAGUGGCUCAGGGCACGGGGCGGGCGCAUCAGUCCCCCCGCCACAGCACGGUGGACUCCAUGCCAAUCUAUGCCGGCCAGGGCCCCGACAUGAGCAUAGACGACCUCUCCGUGUCCGUGGGCGGCGGGAUGGGAGGUAUGGGCGGCGGCGGAGCUCGCAGCGCAGGCAUGGCGCUAAUGGGUGGGGGAAGCAGCGCGGCUGUCGCGGGUAUGGGCAGCGCCAGCGCCGCUGGUGCUGCUGGGGCUGGUGGUGGCGUUGGUGUUGGGGAUGUGGGCAGGAUGGGAAUGCAUACCCCCUCCACUAGUCGCUCUGGUAGCGGGCGCAUGAUGGGUCUCCCCUACGCCUCUAGCUCUGCCUCUGCUGGCGGAACUGCUGGGGGCGGGGCGGGCGGCGGCGGAGCAGGCAUGGGGGCGGGCGGAAGAGGGGGGGGCGCGUUUUCCAUGGAUAUUCCUGCGUCCCCUAGUCACGGGAACGAGUACUGCUCGUCGAACGCGGGCGGGAACGAGUCCGGGGCGUUCAUGGGCGGCGGGAGGCGCGGGGAGGAGGGGGAAGAGGACGAGUAUGAGAGCGGUUCAGAGCGGUUUGGUGAGGAGGGGGAUUCGGCUCUGAACUGGACGCAGCUGGAUAUGCAAGGGGGUGGGGGGAAGGGCGUUGGCGGCGGGAUGGACGGUGGAGGCCUGGGUGUGGGUCAGCAUCAACAGCAGCAGCAGCAGCAGGCAGUGCAGCAGCAGCAGGCAGUGCAGCAGCAGCAGCAGCUGAGGCUGCUUCAACAGCAGCUGCUGCAGCAGCAGCAGGGUCAGCAGGGGCAGCAGCAGCAGGCGGUGGCGGGGAUGACGGAUUUUAUGGGGCUGUCGUCCAGCUCUGUCAGCGCAUUGCAUGGCAGCCUGGGUGUGGGGGGGCCGGCCGAUCCCCUCUUGCAGCAGGUGAGACGGGUCUUACCCAAAGCAGGGGUGGCGGGGGGGAUUACGGAUUUUAUGGGGCUGUCGUCCAGCUCUGUCAGCGCGUUGCAUGGCAGCCUGGGUAUCACAGGGUCUGCCGAACAGCUUAUGCAGCAGUCAUCGCUGCUCCUGCAGACCCUUCCUCUCAACGAGGCGGGCAGAGAAGCAGCAUUCAGCGGAGGCGGCGCCUCCGGCUCCCCCCGAGCCAUCGCUGCCGCCACGGCCGCCGCAGCUGCCGCCAUAGCAGCCGCUGCAGCUCCGGCCGUACCUCCCGAGAGCUGGCUCGGCGCGUACCCUCCGGAGCUCCGAAGCUCGGGAGGCUCGGGGCGGCCGGGGUUCUCUAACAUGUUUGAUGAGAUGCAAACGGACGGGUCGAACAGGAGCUUGUCUGGGCUGCCCUUGCCUUUGAGCGGGAGCACGCCUAAGAGUGGCAGCAUCAUCCCUCAGAGCGGCAGCAUGCCCAACGAGCCUGCACUGUUCCGGAAACUGGACAGCUUUGGCGAGUGGAUCGAGGAGGUUUAUAAAGGGGAUGCUGGGGCCGGGGGCGGCGGGGGAGCAGGCGGGGAUGGGGUGGGGGUGGGGGAGGACGCGGUUAUGGGAGGGGGUGCUUUUCCUCUCUCUGCCUCUGGAGCCGGUGCAGUGGGCAGUAGCGGCGGUGGCGGCGGUUUUGGCAGUGGCGGCGGCGGUGGUCCUGGCAGUGGCACUGACGCGUUUGACAUGCGAAUCACCCAGGCUAUGCGUCGGUCUACCCCCACGCCCUCCCCUCUCUCUUCCCCCGAGCCAUUCCCCUCCUCCCCCACCUCCUCUGGUAUGGUCUCCCCCGCGUUUGGAGGCGCAGAGACGGGGUUGGAGAGGCAGGAAGUGAGUUUCAAGCUGGGGGUGAAGGAGGAGGCGGGAGGGGACGGCGAGGAGGAGGGAGGCGUGGGGCUGGGAGUCAGCAAGUAUGAUCUCUCCUUCAUGGGUGCGUCCCCCAUGCUCCCUCUGGGUAGCAUACCUUCGGCUGCUGCUGCUUCUGCAGCUGACUCGCCGCGGCCAAUGGUGACCUUUUCUAUUGCCGACUAUGCACCCACCUCUGCUGCCACUAUGGGUGGUGUCAAGGUGUUGCUAGCGGGUUCGGUCCAUGAUCCCCGAGGGACCCCAAGCCCCCACACGCGUUCCUCCCCCCGCGCCAGUCUUAGCGGGGGCGGGGGCAGUUUCGGUGCGGGUGGGCUUGGGGGGACGGGCAGUGGGAGCUUCGGUCGGGGGGAUACGGUGUGGGGCGUGCGGUGGGGGGUGACGUUUGGAGAGGUGGAGGUGGAAGCUGAGCAGGUUGUGCACGGUGUACUGCGGUGCGUUGCUCCCAUUCACAAGCAAGGGAGGGUUAGCCUGCGCGUCACCUGCACCCCUGCUGCUGCUGUGACUGUGACUGCUCCUGGGGACCGAAACAGAACCUAUGCCAAGAGUGGUCUUGGCAGUGGUGCUGGUGGUGCUAGUGCUGGUGCUGGUGCUGGUGGGGGUGGUGCUGGUGCUGGUGGUGCUAGUGCUGGUGCUGGUGGCGGUGGUGAAGAGGAUGGUAGCAGGCCGAGUUUAUCCCGUUUGUUUCUCUCUGAACGCGCUCUGCUCUCCCGCCUCCUCUGCUUCAUCUCCCGCAUCAACCGUGCCAGCCUGGCGGACGUCAGCGCUGACUGGGCAUGGGUGGAUGAGGCUCUGGCGUCCACGUCAGCAGCAUGCCCGGAUGAAGCCGAGUGGAGGGGCAGGCUGGAUGGGGGAAGGGGUGAGGGGGCGGCUGAUAGGGAGGGAAUGGGGGUGGAUAGAGAGGAGGAGGAGGAUGAGGAGGAUGAUGAGGAGAGAGAGAUGAACAUGUGGGGGUAUGGGAGUGAUGAGGAAGAUGCAGAUGAAUAUGCUCUCAGGCUUCAAUGUCAAGGAGGGGCUGAUACAGAGAGAGGAGGAGGAGCGGGAGGGGGAGGAGGAGGAGCGGAGGGAGGAGCGGCGGGGGUUCAGGGGAGUCCAGUGCGGUUGGAGGGCGUGCUGCUCCAGGCGCUGAUGCGGAAGCAUCUGGGCCGUUGGUUGGCGCUGAACAGCGAUGCAGCGAGGGAGGCGGGCAGGAGGGGCAUGGGGCUGGGUCUUGGGCAUCUCGUGGCGGCGCUGGGAUGGCCAUGGGCUGUGCCGCUGCUCAUGAGUGUGGGGUGGGACUUGAACGCAAGAGACAAGCGGGGGUGUACGGCUCUUCAUUGGGCUGCUGCUAAGGGGAGGGAAGCAAUGGUGGUGGCGCUGGUGGCAGCAGGCGCCAACUCCUCUCUGCUGGCGCGAGUGGGAGGGGUGGAGCGCACAGCAACAGACACAGCGUCAGCGUGCGGCCACACGGGCAUCGCAGCGUAUCUAGCAGAGUCGUCCCUCAACGCCUCCCUCUCCUCCAUGACCAUUCAGGACCAGCACCAGCUGGCCACCGACCCUUCUCUGCUCCAAUCCGCCGCUGCUGCCGGCCAUGCAGCCGUGGCUGCAGCAGCUGCUGGUGCCGCCGGUAGGGGUGUUGGUCCUGCUGCUGCUGGUGGUGCGGGUGGUCGUGCUGCUGCUGCUGGGGGUCUCCCAGGGGCGGCUCGUCCCGCUUCUGUCGCUGCGUCGCCCGACAUGCAAGAAACGCUGGAUGCAAUUCGGAGGACAGCGCAGGCUGCAACGUUGAUCCAGGAACGAUUCAGGAAGCACUCGGAGCGAAGGCGGCAGCAGCAGCAGGAGGAGGAGGAGCUUCGGGAGCAGGAGAGAGCAGUGGCGGCUGCAGCGGAGGCAGCGGCAGGGCUGGGGAUUGGAGGGGACGAUGAGCUGGAUGAGGAGGAGGCGAGGAUGCUGGUGGCUGCGAGGAAGAUUCAGAAUGCGUUCCGCGGGCACAAGAACUUCAAGCAGUCGGAGGCUGCAAGGAGCAUUCAGCGGCGGUUCCGCACAUGGAAGCACCGGAGGGAGUUCCUGCGGAUGCGGCAGCGCGUGAUCAAGAUUCAGGCGCAUGUGAAGGGCCACAUUCAGCGGGUGAAGUACAAGAAGAUGAAGUGGGGCCUUGGGAUCAUCGCCAAGGCGGUCCUGCGCUGGCGGUUCCGCCGCAGCGGCGUGCGGGGGCUCCGAGCCCAGCAGGAUGGCUGCCACUCCGACGGUGCAGAUGGCGCGCUGUAUGGUACUGAGGGUGGGGAGGGGGUGGGGAGCGGUGGGGAUGGGGAGGAGAGGGAGGUGAGCCUGGCGGUGAGUCGCAUGCAGGCGAUGGCGCAUUCUGUGGAGGGCCGGGCGCAGUAUUCUAGGAUGAAGCAGGCCCAGAUUGACAUGCAGCAGGAGAUUCAGAUGCAGCAGAUCCAGAUGCAACAGAUGCAGAUGCAGCAGCAGCAGCAGAUUCAGCAGCAGCAGAUGCAGCAACAGCAGCAGCAGAUGUUGAUGCAGCAGCAGGUACAGGAGCAGCAGUAUUCUGGCAUGUCUAGUUUUUCAAGUCAACAGCAGCAGCAGCAGCAGCAGCAGCAUGUGCCUGAUCUGCUGCAGCAAGCUCACCUGUUAACACAGCAGCAGCAGGGGUCAGAGCAGCAAUGGAACCAGUGA